AUGGCCGUCGAACCUGACUCUGCUAAGCAUUUUCAGCCACUUGAUCUUAUCUUCAGCUGUAACAUCUGCCAUGACUCCAUUAGCGACAUACACAGCCCCCUGCCGGAUGAGAAGGAACUCGAAGGCGCCCGAAAACCAGUUGCCAAGCUCUGGAUGACUGAAUGCGCACAUCUCAUAUGUGCAAAACACCUCGAGGGUGGAGCAGAUGNNUAUGCCGUUAAUGGCUUCUCCAAGGGUCAAUACGACUCGGAGAUCCCUCACCAUUUCUUCCAAUGUCCGCCUGUAGCCCUUGAUAGCAAAGAGGGCGGCAUGGAUGCGCUACGAUUUCAGUUUCUCGGCCUCGUAACAUACGGAAUUGCAAUCGCCACCAAGUUUCGUAACCUGCAGACAGCACACUCUCACCUCAAAGACCAGACAGAUCGAUUGAAGCUGGAAAAGACAGAGGCUGAGACAGAAAUUCAAACAUUGACGGAGCGAAUCAGGUUAGCAGAGGAGACAGAGAGAAGAUACAAAGCCAAAGAGCCUGAGAUCAAGCAUUAUCUUGAGCAGUUUGCCUUGGUCAAAAGUAAGUCUGAUACUUCUUUAUCAAUUCGGUGUUCUCUGACCAUACCAAAUAGAGAGCUGGACCGUCGUAAUGCAGACUUGAGCGCACUGGGUUACCCUCCUCCUCAAAUCGAUUACACCUUUCCUCCUUCACGCCUGUUCGAGGAUGACAUGUCCAAUGGCCGAGCGACAACCUCACAUACUGGACGUAGCGAGCGCGUUGAUCGAGCCGACCAAAGGAUCAUUGAGGAUCACAUCCCCAGUGUCUCGAGCACCACCCUACGAGCUGACUCCUCAAGGACAUAUGUCGAAGAUGAUGUUCAGAGAACCGAAAACAAGAGGCAGAAAAUCGCCGAUUAUCGCUACAUACCGCAGAAUAUGCAGAGCCCACCGAGAAAUUUACCAGCCCAGAAGCGGCAUGGAAUAAGGCUUCCACCUGCAUCUCUGAUCACGCAGAAGGCCGCCUCGAGAAGUACACAUUUUCAACCACCACCGAUGCCAUACCAGAGCAACAACCGGCAAUUCACCUUUGUCGAUCGAAGCGAUGAUGUGCGCGCUAGUCCUCAGAUGAUAGGCACUCAGCGUGAGAUCUGGCAGCCAUGGGAAGGUACAGAGACCAACCACAAGAAUGACACUAGGACUGAGGGUCCCUACAUGAGUGGCGCCUUGCAGUCAGAUGGAUCGGACUUUGCAAAACCAGCAGCGCCUUUCAGACCUCCCAAGCAGCAAAAGAGGAAGAUUCAACCGGUCGAUAGCAUCGAUGAUGUCUCAAGAUCAGAAUUCGUCACUUCUGAGCGACUCCUAACGAGAAUCGGCGACUCGAGUCCCGAGAGAUUCCAAUGGUUUGUUCGUGAGACCAGACAUGCAACAGAGUUCAAUGCCAACGAUUAG